GAGCAGCUCACACCCAGCCCUAGCUCUAGUCCUAGUCCCAACUCCAGCCCCCUGCUUGGGGCAGUGAAUGAAGCUACAUGUGUAGAGGAGAUGGAGGGGCGGGAGAUAUACCAGGCUUUCUCAGUAAGUAUGAUCAGUGAGAGGCUGAGAGGAGAGAUGGAGGAGGAGACCAUGCUCAGCAGGACAGUGGAAACCACACUAACAGAGGUAUCACCAGUCUCCACACUCACUAUCGACAGUCUACCCAGUCUAUGCAGUGUCUCUACCCAUGGACUUUACUGUCUACUCAUUCAAAUCUGACCUUAGACCAGUGGAUGUGGAACAUGAAGCUGAAACAAAACUUGAUCCGUAUGAUACUACUUCUGAUCGCAGCACCAAGCCUGACCAAAACAUAACCCAUGUGCAUACUGGGAGACCUGAUGGGGAUAAUGUCAAACCUCCUGGAAAUAACAGGAGCCCUGCUGAUGACUCAGAGCUCACUGAGCCCCACCAGAGGGAUUAGCCAUCUUCCUCAGGGUUGUGAGGACAGAGCCGAGUGCCCAUCUUCCUCAGGGUUGUGAGGACAGAGCCGAGUGCCCAUCUUCCUCAGGGUUGUGAGGACAGAGCCGAGUGCCCAUCUUCCUCAGGGUUGUGAGGACAGAGCCGAGUGCCCAUCUUUCUCAGGACUGUGAGGAGGACGCAGAAAGCAUCUCUCUGAGGAAAGAGGAGGCUCUACUCCUGUCCCUCAGGACCUGCCUAGUGAGGACACUAACUUACCGCCCUGUAAAGGUUCUUCAACCUUCCUCUGUAGGGUCGGAGGGGAGUGAUGGGAGAGUGAGUUCAGUGAGAGGAACUGAACCCACUGACUGCAGAACGCUGUCUAAGAAUAUCCCUCCCAGAGACAUGUGUUGCAACAGAUAGCCUCAGUAGUGUGUUUAGAGUAGUAUAGGGACACACAUUGACAGUAGUAUAGGGACACACAUUGACGGUAGUAUAGGGACACACAUUGACACUAGUAUAGGGACACACAUUGACACUAGUAUAGGGACACACAUUGACACUAGUAUAGGGACACACAUUGACAGUAGUAUAGGGACACACAUUGACAGUAGUAUAGGGACACACAUUGACAGUAGUGAGGAGCCCCUGACCUUCGGUUACCACGGCGAUAACUGAUCUGCUGUGAACUGUUUUGCUGGGGGUGGAGCAUGAUCAGAUUGAUGUUUACACCUCCAACCCGUCUUACCAGAUACAGUGUCUGGGUCAGAGGUCAUUGACUGUUACCAUAGAGACGGGCUCUGUGGGGCUUAGAGGUCAGACUGAAGAGCGUGGCAUGAUGGACAUGGUGUCAGAGCUGCAUGGGGAGGACCUGGACCCCACCGUCUCGGGCCUCUACCCCUCUCCCUGGAUGCAUUUAGGGCCAGGGUUGCACGAGGGCUGUGUAGGAUGGUUCUAGGGUAUGGUGCCCAGCCAGGGUGAAGGCGAGGAGGGCUAUAAGGAGGAGCAACCCCCUAGAUCCAUGGCCUACACCACCUGCAGCACUCUGCUGCCCCAGGACUCUUGUCUCUGAGAAUAGUACCCUCACCACCAGCCUGAAUCCACCCCGGUCUCUGAGCUGAACCCAAACGCUCAAGUAUGGGCCAAUCACACACUUAGCCUGGACCCCUCAGGCCUUGUCUACACUGACGCCCUCCAAUCAUGGCUGGCGGUGACCAGUCACCUUGACAACCAGGAAGGGUAUGAGCAGGGAUAUGACCUGGAGGAGGUGGGCGAGGCUCAGCUGGAACCGGGCGGUGUAGAAUUUCCGGUGGUCACCAUGGGAAACCCGUCAGCCAAUGGCCUGGUCCAGGAUAGCUGUGUGUCAGAGGAGCUCAUGGCGCAGCUGAAGACCUCACUGGAGUCCUGUCUGUCACGGGAGAACCUGGCCAAUGACCUCUACCUCGUCUCCCAGAUGGACUGUGAUCAGUACGUUCCCAUAACAACGCUUGCCAACCUCGACCACAUCAAGAAGCUCAGCACGGACUUGGAGCUCAUCUCUGACGUCCUCAAGUCAUUGCCACUGGUGGAGGUGGCAGAAUGUGGGCAGAAGGUACGGCCAAAUCGGGGUCGCUGUAUCGUCAUCCUCCGAGAGGUCCCAGAGACCACACCCCCAGAGGAGGUGAAGGCUCUGUUUGCAUGUGAGAGCCUCCCCAGGAUCCAGAGCUGUGAGUUUGCCCAGAACGACAACUGGUUCAUCACCUUCCACAGUGAGGCUGAUGCUCAACAGGCGUUCCAGUACCUAAGAGAGGAGGUAAGGACGUUCCAGGGGAAACCCAUCAAGGCACGAAUCAAGGCCAAAGUGAUGGCAGUCACAUCUUACGCUCCAAAGAAUGGCUACAGGCCCUGCCCAAUGGACCCCUGCACCAAUCAGCAGCCUUACAGCCCAUACUACGCCCAGCCCACUUUCCAGCAGCCCCUCCCACAGCUCUACACAAUGACUAAUCAGAGCUUGGCUGCCAUGGCCGGAUACACAGACCCUGUCAUGAUGGCGUCAUUCUCUGGCUUCAUGGACGGCUUCCCAGGAUGCCCCAGCUUCAAGCUAUCCCCCUCACACAGACUCAGGGGACAGCGAGACCAGAGGCGGUUGUCUGGCGACAGGGGGCCGGGCCUUCUGGAUGAUCCCCCCUUCUUCCUGGAGGAUGGACCAAUAGGAUGCGUCCCUGGACCCCCCAGGCAGGGUCGGCCACGGUUACCAGGCAACAGGCGUAGGGACGGAGAUGGGGGUCGACGUGGAGGGAGAGGGGGGUCGGGGUCCUCCCCCAGCACUGACAGAGGAAGGAGAGGUCCCAUUGGUCAGAGGAGGAGAAGAGAUGACAAGUACUCUAGAGGGCCCCCCCAGUCGCCCCCCCGCUCCUUGUCUCCCAGUCUGGAACUCGGCCCCAAUAGCUUCCCCCCACUUCCCCUUGCUACAGCUUCUACAGCAACAGUUACCACAGCAACCAACAUCCAUAAGGCAACCAGCAACCACAAGAGUCCAGUUAGAGGCAGCAGUACCAGUGAACCAACCACUGUGACAUCACAAGACCUCCAGCCUAUCACAGCAUUGCCUCAGAAAACCCUCCCCCUAGAGAAUCUAAAGGAAACUGUAGUGUCUCCCAAGAGAACCACAGCAGCUCGUCAGACCGCGAAAGAACCUCAGACCACGAAGGGGAACAGACCAGCAGCGGAGUCCAAGAAGCCAAGCUAUGCUGAGAUCUGCCAGCGCAUACGAGCUAAUCAGAUGCUCACCGCAAAGGCUACUGACCACACCCCCUUGGGGACGGAGCUUGUCCCAGCCUAUCCUGCGCAGGCGCCUGACCCGGCCCAGUUAUCACUGUGACCAGAGUGAGAUAGUUACUUUGGGUUGGAGAGGGAAGGAGAGAAGGGGAAGAAGUUAUUCAAGCCAAAGAAAAAAAUGGAAAAGUUGUACACUGUUGUUUCUCUCUGUUGUCUGUGCGUCAGACUUGACGGACCUUUCUGACUUUCUGAAAUCUUUAUGUUUUGAUAUUGAUUGAUUUCUUUUGAUUAAUAUUGAUCAGUAUUUAGAGGAUUGGACAUCAGAUUUCUGUAUUCCUUGGUCUAAAUAACUUAAUCAGAACAUUUACAGUAACUACAGCCAGACACUGAGUGACAAGAGGCUAAAGUACUGAUAUCAUAUAAAAUUUUGUUUCUGCAUGAGUUUUAGAUGUCAUUUAUUUUAUGUUAGAUGGAAUUCCUUUUGUGUUGACUUGGGGAGGGGGAGUCUCUUACAGACAGACGAGGAAGAGGAACAACUCUGGUUGAUAUUGAUAAGUUUGCAUACAGAUACAACAUUGUUAGAGUUACUUGAGUUAACAACUUGAUAUGGAAUCAGGGGUGGUGGGAGGUAAAUAGUUUUCAGUUCAGAUUUCUUGUGUUUGAGAUAGAUUAAGUGUGUAAAUGUGGGUAUUAGGUACAGAAUUGAGGCAUGAUUUAAAAAGGUGAAUGUUUUUUUUUUCUGUACAGAUGUAAAUAAUUUGACUGUUAUUAAACAAUUGCCUUAAUAAUAAACAGUAAACAAUCA